AAGCUAAAGCUGGAACUUUCACUUACCUUCGCAGUUUCACCGUCUUCUUUCGACUUAGUUCUCAGUACGAAAAAGGAGUGCUUGCCUCUUGCAAUGUCUUCUUACUCUUCUUUGUUGUCCUCAAACUCAUCGGAGAAUGAUAAGCCAGAAGACACCUUCGAAAUUGAUGAUUAUCUCACAUUCAAUGAAGAGGUCCAAGAAAGUCACCUAUCGGGUCCAUAUAAGCCAAAUCAACUGCUGCCAGUGACGACCGAUGGUCAUGCUGAUCAAAGAAGUGUCAAUGUUUGCAACAGGAAAAACAAAUAUAUGGAACAGGACACUUCUACAGGAAGAAAAUGGAAAGUAGCAUUCAGAACCAAAUCUGAGAUUGAGACAAUGGAUGAUGGAUACAAGUGGAGAAAGUAUGGGAAGAAAAUGGUUAAGAACAGCCCAAAUCCAAGGAAUUAUUAUCGGUGCUUAACAGAAGGAUGCAGUGUUAAGAAGAGAGUUGAGAGAGCACGGGAUGACUCUAGCUAUGUCCUUACAACCUAUGAGGGUAUCCAUAACCAUAAUGUGCCUCUUCAAGGGGCAUGUAGUUAUCACGCAGUUAACUCAACCUCUCAGUAUCAUAGUUUAUCCAGUCAAUAGUAUUCAAGAGUACAUGAGAAAUCCAAUUUUAUAGGACACUCUUGUGGAGCGUUUGAUUGAAUAUUAAAGUUGUUGCCAGGGGUAGAAUAGCGGUCAAGACAUCAUGUAUUGUAGAACUAGCCUACUAAAGCAAUUUCUAGAUUACAAGUGGAUGUUUCUGAUGUAUCAUAUCUCAGUGAGAUCGGAGUAGAAUGCUUGAGGUAGUUGAAGAAGAAAAUAUUAUUAAAUUUCCUC